CGUGUGCGCCCAUGGCGGAGGCCGUCCGCGACAUCAAUCCGCCGCCCUGCCCGUGGGGGCAGGAAAGGAUAGACGGCAACUGCGCUGACCCGUGCAGUGUGAUGGUGUGCGACGCCCAUGCCUCGUGCGUGAAGGAGGUGGGCCAGCUGGCCACGUGCGUCUGCAACUGGGGCUUCGCCAUGACGUCCGACCAAGGCUGCGUCGACACGUGCACGCUGAAGGCCUGUGUGGACGGCACGUGCAGCAAGGACAGCGUGACUGGGGCGGCCGCCUGUUCCUACACGUGUGUGGUGAAGGCGUGUGAUGGCGCGUGCACCCAUUACGCCGACGGAGCGGCAUCCUGCCAUUGUGACGCCGACGCUGGCUUGGUACUGCUGGAGGACGGCAGGACGUGCAAAGACACGUGUGAGGUGAAGGCGUGUGAUGGCACGUGCACCAAGGACGCCGACGGAGUGGCAUCCUGCCAUUGUGACGCCGACGCUGGCCUCGUACUGCUGGCUGAUGAGAGGACGUGCAAAGACACGUGUGAGGUGAAGGCGUGUGUGGAUGGCACGUGCAGCCAGGACGUCAACGGAGCGGCAUCCUGCCAUUGUGACGCCGACGCUGGCCUUGUUCUGCUGGAUGACACGCGCACGUGCAAAGACGUGUGCCUCGUCGCGGACUGUGAGGGCAAGGACGCCAAGUCCACAUGUGUGAGGAAUCGGGACGUGGCUCACUGUGAAUGCGUGAUCAACUACGAGCUGUUCCAGGGCGUAUGCACUGAUGUGUGCAUCAUCAAGGACUGUGAAGGCAGUGAUGCCAAUUCCACGUGUGUCAAGAAUGGCAUCGAUGCAACCUGUGUCUGCAAGACUGGGUUCAAGCUGUUUGAGGGCAAAUGCAUUGGUAUGCUUGCCCUUCCUGCCACCACCCCUCCCCUUGCCCCUUUCCCUGCCGGCUCAGGGGCUGAUUGGUGCCCCUUCAAGAGCUGUGACACGAGCCUCUCCACGUGCGUGAGGAGGCUGGACGGGAUUCCCUUCUGCAUUUGCAACAAGGGGGUCCCGCUCACCACCAAGAGCUGCGUUGGCAAGGUGCCCUCAGCAUAG